UUGAAACAGGCCUAAUUUCACCCUUGAUCAAAUCUUACUAGAUUCUCCUUUCCAUAUGAAAGAGCAUGUGCAUCGAGACCACGAGAUUCUAGGCAGACACGAUGAUUAUGGGUCAAUUUUCUCUCUCACAUGCCUUCCUCUUGACAGUACUAUGGUCAGUAACCAGUGCCCACACGCAAAAAUAUCUCAACCUCCACAAGAUAAGCAUGACAAUGACACGGGAGAGCAGAGGCAAAAUAUCUAGCAACCCACCAAUAAAAUCUACUAAUAGAUCCAAACAUGCAGCCACGGAAAAGGACCCCAGUGGUUAACUCAGAGCACCUGCAGGGUCCGUGCUUCAGGGAACUGAAAUGUUACUGGCCGGGGGCAUUAUCUCACAGGACACUAAUAAUUCAUUGUUAAUCACUUCAUGAUUUGAUUAUGGUGCUGCUUUAAAAAACUACAGCCACCGAUGUUAAUUCCUGUCCGACAUGAAUUGAAGAUAAGAUAAUAAGCUUUCUCAAGUGGCUUAAGUGCAUGCACAGCUCUAAACAUGAUUAGGUGGAACUUCUAAUAGUGUUUCCCAAUUUUUUUAUAGUCCUGAACAGCCACUGUGAGUAUCCUUCCAUGUCUGUAUUUUAUGUUUCUUGGCCUGUGCAGAUUCCCCUACCCAAAUCUAUGUGUGUCUUAGGUAAUUGAGCAAAGCUAGAGUCUUUACCUCAGCUGCAUACUUGCUUGGUUGUUUUUCAUUCUGCCCCAUUUCGUCGAACACCUUGCGGGCGGCAGGGCUUAUGAGGAGGUUGCCAAGGGACAGGCACCUGGGGGGCUUCUUCGGGGCGCCGCCGGCGGUCAACAGGACAGGGCCGGCCCACGUGGCAACCGCCGGCAGCAACGCCAACUUCGACACCAACAUGGUCAUCAUACUGGCGGCGCUGCUGUGCGCGCUGAUCUUCGCGCUGGGGCUCAACUCGAUCGUGCGGUGCGCGCUCCGGUGCGGGCGGCGGCUGGCGUUCGAGACCCCGGAGGAGGUGGCCGCGCGGCUGGCGGCGACGGGGCUCAAGCGGCGGGCGCUGCGCCGCAUCCCGGUGGCGGUGUACGGCGAGGGGGCGGACAUCCCGCCGGCGACCGAGUGCCCCAUAUGCCUCGGAGAGUUCGCGGACGGCGAGAAGGUCCGCGUGCUGCCCAAGUGCCACCACGGGUUCCACGUCCGGUGCAUCGACAAGUGGCUGGCGUCGCACUCCUCCUGCCCCACCUGCCGGCGCUCGCUGCUGGACCAAGGUGCCGGAGAAGGAGCGGAGGCGGCGGGGGGACGGGCCGCGUGGCGGAGUGGCGUAGGCGCCGGCGAGUACGGCGAGCUCGCGCUGGCAUAGUACCGGCAGCAAUCGAGCUGCUCGGCGCUCUUUAGUCUGUGGAAUUUGUGAGUGUGGAAUGGAAUUAAUCAUGUAGAUACUGCAGAAUCUACGGUGGAUUUGGAAGAAUAUAUCAAAUUCUGCGUUGGAAAAUUUUGUAGGCGACCGAAAACUUAGGAAGAAGAAAGGUAUCGAAAUAGAAAAUCUUUCUCUUCUCA